GUUAUUAGCCGACGAGAGAGAUUUCUCUCUCACUCUGCCUCUGUAUUUCGCUGCCCUUUAAAACUACCUAUCAUUUGAUGCUGUGCUCAGAGAGAGAGAGAGAAGAGAGAGAGAGAGGGGGUAACGAACAUCCGCUGUAGAGAGAGAAACCCUAAAGUCACAGAGGGAAGAAAGAUAGAGCAAUGUCGGGAGGCAUAGCGCGCGGUCGUCUUGCUGAAGAGAGAAAGUCUUGGCGCAAAAACCAUCCCCAUGGUUUUGUAGCGAAGCCGGAGACUCUGCCUGAUGGGUCGGUGAAUUUGAUGGUGUGGCAUUGCACUAUUCCUGGAAAACCUGGUACUGAUUGGGAGGGUGGUUAUUUUCCACUUACACUGCACUUUAGUGAAGAUUAUCCUAGCAAGCCUCCGAAGUGUAAAUUUCCUCAAGGUUUCUUCCACCCCAAUGUCUAUCCUUCUGGAACUGUUUGCCUGUCAAUCCUUAAUGAAGAUAGUGGGUGGAGACCAGCCAUCACUGUGAAGCAAAUUCUUGUGGGUAUCCAGGACCUGCUGGAUCAACCAAAUCCUGCUGAUCCUGCACAAACUGAAGGCUAUCAUCUCUUUAUCCAGGAUUCUGCAGAGUACAAGAAAAGGGUUCGCCAGCAAGCCAAGCAAUACCCUCCUCUCGUCUAAUGUGAAAACAUCUUUAUCUAGGAACUGCUGGUUCUUCGUAACUGUUAGUUGCCGGGCAAUUGUGUAAUAUUAAACUAGCUUUUGAUGAAAAUUGUUGGCACUUGGUAAUUGUCAGUGGCCUUGUGUGUGACUGCAUGGUUGAACUGGUAUUUCAGCUCUACAGAUUUGGGUUAACCUUUGUUGAUAUGUUAUAAGCACUACCCCAGUCAACCAGUGUUACCCAUUGGUGUUUAUACCAGUUAAAAUCUAAAACUUUCGAAGUUAUAUCGCAA